AUGGCCCAGUCUACACAGCGAAGGCAACUGAAAAGGAGAAAACAAUUCGAAGUCUAUUGUCUGGGGAAUUUGAAAAAAUAUCUAAAAGAAACCAGCCUACAUGGUCUCAAGUAUUUGGUGGACAGCUCACUGACAUUUUGGGAAAAAUCCUUUUUCCUCACGGCCUUUAUUUUCUGCUGCAUGAUUGUGAUCCAUCUUGUAGCGAAUAUCUAUGCCAAAUGGGAUAGUACCCCGGUGAUAAUUGGUAUAAGUCCAAAUCCGACACCGAUUGUGAAGCUACCACUGCCAGCCUUGAUUUUGUGUAACAUGAAUCAGGUCAUGUAUUCGAAGGUUGCUAAUUAUAGCAAAGGUUCCAAGGAACAUGCCCUGUUACAAUAUUUAUGUUAUUCCGAAAUUGCCCAUGAUAGUAAAGCGGCAAAUGCGAAGGAAUUUAAAAAUAACGAUUUGGAGCUGUCGGAUUUUAUUAUUGCGCAUUCCCAACCCUGCUCUCGAAUGAUGGUCUCCUGUGCAAUCGGUUCUGUGACGUACAACUGCAGUGAGCUAUUUCGUGAAGUUGUAACGGAUGAGGGUCUCUGCUGUGCCUUCAACACAUUACACCCGAAAUUGAAUUAUAGAAAGAACUAUCACACACUGGGUGGCCUUAAAAAUGCUGCUGAUGUUGUAGCGGUUGAUUGGAAUCCUGAAAUGGGUUAUCAGGCAAAUUUACCCCCUAAAUAUUAUCCACGGCCAACAUUGGGUACCGGCAUCUCCAUGGGCGUUUCAGUCAUCCUAAAUGCCGAAGUUGAUGAAUACUACUGUUCGACGAGCAAUAGUGCCGGCUUCAAAGUAAAUCUUGGCACUCCCAUUGAUAGACCCCUGGUCGGUGAAACUGGCGUUAUUGUACCAUUGGGCGCCACAACCAAUUUUCGUAUCGAUGCCCAAAUUACGCAAUCCUCACCGGCCAUACGUUCGAUAAAUCGCCGUCGACGGCGUUGUCUGUUCCUCAAUGAAGAGUCCCUCGUGUUUUAUCGUUACUACACGAAGGCGCAUUGUGAACAUGAAUGCCUUUCGGCGUUCCUAAUCGAGCGGUGUGGUUGCAUUCCCUUCUAUCUGCCGGUUAUCUAUGCGAAUGCCACCUUUUGUAACAUCAGUCGGAUGUUUUGUGCGGAUAAGGCCAAGGUGGAAUAUUCCCGGGUCACUGAUGAUAACUGCGUCGAUCGCUGUGAGACAACCUGUUUUGAUUUGAAAUUUAUGCCGCGUGCCUAUACCUCACCCCUGGCUAUGCAUAAUUAUACGAUACAAAGUGAAAUAUUGGCGUCCAUGCCCAAGGAGGAGAUGCACAGGAAUAUUGCCGUUUUGCAUUUCUAUUAUCGUGAAUCGGUCGUGCAUGCGGAACUGAAAAAUGUCUAUAUUGGGUUUACGGAAUUUUUGUCCAAUACCGGUGGCAUUUUGGGCCUCUUUAUGGGCUUCAGUUUUAUUUCCAUAGCCGAAAUUUUCUAUUUUACAUUUCUAAGGCCAAUUUUCAAAUUUGUGGUGCCGAGGAAAUAUCGCAACUCACCAUUGAUACGACACGUUCGUGCAGCUCCGAGGGAAAAUAAAAAUUGGCUGCCAGGGGAAAUAUGUAAAGCUGCCUUGAAGCCUAAUCCGCCAACAAGAGAGGAGAAGGUCAGG